AAGUCGGUGUGGCGCCCACGCCCCAAGCGGUGACAGCGACCUCUGUGGACCUGGACGACUUCUUUGGGACUGCUGGAGUGACGUCAUCGCCAAGGUCACAGGGCCAGUUUCCUGCCCUGGACAACGUGGACUUUGAGAGUGACGAAGAGGGUGCAGGCGGCCAUGAUGAUGGAGAGAGAGAUGGUGGCAGAGGAGGAGGAGAUAUGGGGGAUGGAGAGAAGGAGACAAAAACUGGCGAGGAGGAGGAGGAUGGUAAUGGACUUGAGAAAGACGGGGAUUAUGACUCUGGGCAGCAGCAGCAACCUGUGGAAGGUGCAGGUGUUCCCCCGAGAGGCGGGCUGGACACAGACACUCUGGUGGAGGCGGUGGCCUUCCUGCAUGAGGACGGGGAGGGGGAGGACGGCUGCAGCAAGAUCGCCAUCCUGGAGCAGGGCCGGGCGGGGAGCAGCAGCGGCGUGAACCGCUCCCCUCAGCACCAGGAGUACCCGCUCAACUACCAGAACUACAAAGUGUGCAAAGAGCUUCAGCCGGGCGUUAAGGAAUGCCUUAUCCUAGAGACUGGGGAGAAGUUCCUCAGCUUCUCUGGUAAUUGUCCUGGCGGCUGUCCCUCAAGUGACAAUGAUGCAUCCCAGAGUGGGCCACGAUCUGUGUACCUCGUGCAGUCUGAGCGUAGAAACAAUUCCACCACUGUCGGAGAAAGGCUACUGGAAAGAUCGGUUAAUGGCCACAGUGGCAUGGGAAAUUUUUCUACAUCUCUGAGAAAUGUUGACCCGGAAACUGGUGGAUUUGGAAAAGUGGAUGGUGUGCUUGAGCUUCAGAGUCUGCAUGGUCUCGAGUCCGGAUCGGGAGACCAUUACUUGCAGUCAAGAGAACAACAUCAUGUCGACGGUAGUUCCUUAUCAUCGGGCCAGAAUCUGGUUUGGGUUGAUCAAUCGGAGGCUUUUGCCUACGUAUCCUUGCACAAUGCUCAGGAAGAAUCAUCUGCAGACGCUGAAGAGAUGUCGCAGAGGCUGGGUGGUAGUCAGCAGGCGUACAUCACGGACAAUGGGAUCCCUGUCAUCCUGGACAAUGCGGAGGACGACACCAAGUUGAGCCUGCAGGAGCAGAUGUGCCGGCUGGUCAUGGGUGUGGGCCCGCCCGUGCUGAGAGACACUACUACAGCAGAGUCUGGCUGCUGUGGGGGCACUGCUAGGUCCAUGAUGGCCCGGAUGGAACCUGAUCUCAGCGAUGUGAAGCCCAUUGGAAAGAAGUCCAAGAGAAAAAAAGAUAAACAGGAGAAAUUUUAUGAGCUGCAACCAGACAUAACAAUUGAAAGUGUGGAAGAAAGUGCCUCUAUGUCAGAAACUGACUCUGUCAUUGUUAGUGCCAAUGUCAAUAACAACAACAACAAUAACAGCAACGGUGAUGCCAGACAGGGCGCCAACCUAAAUAGCAGCAAUGAUGAUGGCAAAGUUGAGGUUGGUGAUGACGAUGAUGAUGAUGCUGAAUGCGUAGUUAAAGAUGAGGUUUCGCCUGCGUCAGUUGAGGAGGGAGACCGGAACAACAGUGCUGGUUCAAGGCUCGAGUCGGGUCGGCCAUCUACGAUUGAGGAGGACGGAGAGGAUAGUUACGCUUCUACUCUUCUUACGUCUGCUGGCUACCACCGGUCUCCUGGCGGCUCCUAUCGAUAUGACCACGACAGAGGCAGCAGCCCUCGUUCCCGACGCCAUGACCUUUCACAUUCCCCUGGCGGUCAUGCCUACUACAGCUCGAGGGGAAGCAGCUUUCUGGACAGUCAGCAUUACAGAUCAGGGGACAGCUCAUCAUUCUACAGGUCAGGAGAGCUGAGCUCAGUCGACUCAUCGCGCUUGUCCACUCGGUCCACAAGAAUCGAACGAGGUGACCCCAGAACAAGUCAAGGUCGUUCUGAGUCCAGCAUGGUGCCCAAGUUCAAUACGCUUCAUGACCAACAGGUGAGCUGGCUGGAGAUGUUCAAGAUGAUCGAGCAGCAGCACAGGACGGAGCUGCAGUCGCAGUACAAGGAGCACCAGCAGAUCCUGAGGGACAUGCAAAGGAACAUGGAGCAAGAGCUGAGUAAACAACAGGACACGCUGAAGCAGAGGUUGUCUACCCACAGGGAGAUCCUAGAAGAGCUCUCACCAGGCCGGAGGUCUCAGAAGCACCACAGCUCACCCCGGGACAGGAACCAGUCGAGACACUAUGACAUUCGUGAGUCCGCCAGCCAGCGGCCAGCUGAUGGUCAGGUGUCAGCCACCAGCCAGACCAGCUUGCAGGGUGUGCCCGUAUCACUCAGGAACCCACCACCCCUGUCUGGAUACCAUCAGGACUACAGCAGUAGAAAACCGUCAGACCAGCUGCCCUUGAAACGUUCACUGGAGCAUGAGAUGUCCUCACCAUCCCGUCCCGCCGAUACCUCCCUCAACCCGUCCAAGACUUCCGUUGGCAAAGACAAACAGCUGAAGGGUGGGGUUUACAGCAGCCCCAUGCCCUUAGCCAAAGUGAAACACAAGGAGCCGCAUCAGCCUUAGAGAAAAGCACGCGAAGCAUCUGUCCGACCUCCGGGCCUACUACGAGGAGGAACUGCGAGAGAUGAGACAGCUGCUUUCCUCCAAGCAGGACCGCGAGGUGGGAACAGCGACCGACAGCGGCAACAGUGGCAGCAGCGGUGGUGACGGGGCAGCAACGGCUGCCGCAGCGAUGAAUGCGGGAGAGAGGAUUCUGGUCAACGAGAAUCACGAGCUACGACAGCGCUGUCAGCAGCUGGAGGAUGAUUGUCAGGAUGCCAAGAUCCAAAUCCGAGAGCUUCAGCAAAAGAUGCAGGGCUUGGAAAUCCGAGCAUCUGACUACGCAGAGCGCUACGACACCACACAGUCCCAGGUGUUGAGCCUGAGGUCUCGGCUGGAGGAACUCACAGAGUUUGCCAAGGAGAAGGAGAGUCGGGCCGGUGAUCUUGACUCGAAGAACAAGCGACUGGGAGACAGUUUGCAGAUGGCUUACAAGAAAGAGAAAGAGCUGACAGAGUCUUUACACAGUGCCAAGACAACAAUUCAGAGGUUGGUGGACAAGUACGAGACCUUGGAGAAAGACCAUCAACUGCUCAAGGAGAACAUGUCUACCACAGAGGGGAAACUCUUCAGCUCUAGAUCUGAGGCCCUGGAGAGCAACAACAAACUGUCUCGGCUGGAGCUUGAGACGAAACAACUACAACACGACAACGAGAUUCUCAAACACGAGCUGGCACUUGCUCGCAGCUCCACCAUCACUCGCACUAGCUAUGAGGACGCCUACCAGCCCAGGGGUAGCCCCAGCUCCAAGAACUCUCGUAGCCCUCGGCAGACAUCUCGGCCUGUACCAGAAAGGACAUUUCGAAGUUUGUCUCGGGAGAGACAGGAAACUUCCACAGACCAGUCGCCAGAGUCGGAGACAGACAGUGAAUUCACAAGGUCUCCUAUCAUCAGAGCGGAGAGGGAGUUGAAGAAGUUGCAGCACUCCUUGGAUGGUGGCGAGUUCGAGCCCAAGCUCCAAAGGAAGUUUUAUGGCACAGAGUUGUCAUCUGGAAGCCACAGAGCAGAAUUUCCUAGCUCUCCAAAUCGCUCAAACAAGUCUGGCUAUUCAGCACAAGGCCUGAACAAUGUAACAGCUAAGGACAGCAACAAAAGUAAAGGAAUCCUACGGAGGGACGGUGCUACCACCUCCACCACGGCCAGUGCCCCGUUGUCGACAGUUCGAGGACCUGGGAGAGGAGAGAGUGCCAAGGUCAAAGAGGGGAGGUUGUCGGGGACCCGCAGUCCCAGGAGUAAAGAUUUGAGCAACGCGUCCAGAAAGCCGGUGUUUGAGAACGGUCUGAGCGGCGAGCGGGCAGUAGAGAUGACCAAGUCGGGUGAGGUGUUGGCGCGGCCAGCCUGGGAAGACGUCUACACUUCGAUGGCUCGCCCGUCAAACACCGGGAACAAAUCCUCCAACCUGAAUUCAACAAGGGACCAAAUGCUGCGGGAGCGCCUUCAGAAUAUUGAGAACCUGGAGCGGAAAUAUGACGAUCUUCAAAAUGAUAAGCGAAAGUUUGAGUCGGCCCUGAGCAAGCUACCGUCACAGGGACACCGCCGAGAGAAGGACCGCCUGGAGACAGAGCUUGACCGGCUGGACAGAGAGCUGGGCUCAGUGCGCAUGUCCCUCAAGAGGUUUCAUGUGCUCAAGUCAACGAUAUAGCAGCUCUCCGAGUUCUCCGGGGAAAAGUUUUGGAAAUUAUAACUCUGGAAAGAGCCAUGGAACUUCCAGUAUCUUAAUCCUUCCAUAUAAAGCAGUGAGAAUGAAGAGAUAUAUAUAGAAAAUGUAUCAGUAGUUUCUGUAAAUGCUAUUACUUCUUAUCUCAGAGGAGGUGAAGCAGAUGGAUGUGCAUGUACAAAUAUGAAAUGCUUUUAUGCGCGGGAGGUUGUGGGGAAAAUGGCAUUAAGAAUGCGGAUACAUCAUAGAGAAAUGAAUAGUUCUGUGGCAGAACUCUGUGCUUCUUGAAAUUAUAACAUUGAGAAACUUGAGUUUCACAGACAGUGCUGAUGUAUCCAGAGAAGUGCAUAUCCCAGCUCAACAGUAAGCUCUAUGCAUUUUACGAUCUAUAUUAUUAUCUUAGAACACCCAGAAGCAUUCUCAGCUACCUUGGAAACCUACUGUGCAAGUAGCUAAUUAAGUGCUUGAACGCUUACAAACUGACAAGAGGUUUCAUUGUUUAUACCUUGGUACCCAUUCCCACCUGGGCGAAGUGAGGAAAUUUCGAGUAGAGUGCCUUUCCUAAGGACAUAAAGUUGGGGCCCUGAUGAGUUUUGAACCCACAACGUUUUGGUUGCAAGCCCAACAGCCUUAUCAUUAGACCGCUGAUGUCACCCAAACUCACAAAUAUACAAUGAAGGUGUAGAACCCUAGAAAGAGGUGUGAGGUUAGUUCUGGGACCAAGAGGAUGAAUCCACACGAUAAGGCUCAGAACUUGGACCAUGAUAAAGGACCGAACUUAUUUUGUUUCCUUUUGAUAUCUGAAGCGUGCUGACAAAAUAAGUUACUGCUCCGUUUUUUGCCUCAUGGACACUGAUAAGUGAAAUUUAUAGGUCGAGUUUUUACAGUUCAUUAGCAUAAAAUGACGAAAGACAUUUUGUACUUCUAGUUCAGCUUACUGACUGGGCAAGCCUUGCCCAUCUUCCAAUGCUCAGAGAUCUCCAUCUCUUUCAGCCAACUGUAAUCCUUCCCUUCAUGACAGCUCCUGCAUGUCUGUCGUAUAUUGAAUAUGGUGAACGAAGAUGCCGUCCUUCUGUACAGUGUGCGUUCUUAAAUGCACCCUACAGGAUUUCAUUAAACUGACUGUUCUACAAUUGCUUUGAACAGUAUUUUAUCAGAAAAUUAAGGACAGCUUUGAAAUGUGCUAUAUUGCAUAUGUGCCAGUCACGUAAAUCUGUCAUUUUGAAAAGGACUGCAAAAUGACUGAAUCUGUUCACCGUCCUGGAUUGCAAAAAUUAAUUGCGGUAAAAGUUGUUUUUUUAAACCCAUCCUAUGUAACAAUGGGAUUAAAGUAUUGUUUGAGAGUUCCUAAGACAGGUUUUUAGCUGCCAUUUCAGUUCUUUUAAAUACAUGCAGUGAUAUGUGCAUUUUGCUAUCAUUCAAAUUAUAUAAGUAAAUAAUUUCUUUUUUAACGAAUUAUUAAGUGCAUUAUGGUUUGGGGGGUUUUUAUGCGCCCUGUUAAAAAUUCCAGUUUACCGUAUUAUUGAUCUGUUAUUAAAAUGUUGUACUAGCAGUCAUGCUGACGCACAAGUCACUGAAAAUUACUCUUCUUUCAUCAAAUAACGAGAAGACUCAUUGUUGUUAUCUACUUUUUUAAAUGGUGUGAAUAUUUUCUUUUGUAGAAAUGACCUAGUUUCUACCUAGGGCAAAGUCAAAUCUUCCGUAAAAUUUCGCUUUGAUUUUAAACACAGUUGGUUUUAUCUAUGUACGUUUCUUGGUCUGUGGGGCACAGAUGAUCCAUUUUAGAUUGUUUUUUGUGUUGCCACUUUCUCUAAGCAGUUGUGCCUUAUUUCAGAUGGCGGCCAGACAAAUAUAUGCACCUAAUUAGCAAUAUCAGUUGAUUUGGCUUCAAGAUAAUCCAAGUGUACUCCUGCAAGUUGACUUUUUUCUCCUUGAACAUUGUUUAUAAGUUUCUUAUUCAUUCGGUUUUUGUAUAUAUGUCAUCAAUCCAUAGUCCUUGUACGUAAAGUCUUCUUACUUGCCUGCAUAUCAAAAUACUGUUUUUAAAAAAUGUAUUAAAAAUACCCCCCCGUCUUUUGAGGAAAAAAGAACAUUCAGCCUUAAACAUUAUACAGUCUUGCACACACACAUAGUGAACACAAGCAUAGUGAACACACACUUUUCCUACAGUUUUUAAAAGUCUUGAAUUUUGUCUUAUCCAUGUCUUUCCUUUGUAUUACAACAUUUAUACAUUGUGGAAUUAGUAGGUAAUGAAACGGUUUCCGUGUCCCACCGAUUUCAGUUUGUGCAUGCUGGGCUGUAUGUUGUUUUUUUGCGACAGGCUGAUGUGGAGUGUGUAAAAGAUUCCGUAAAAUUUGUUUAAAGUAUUGUUUUUUUCCUCUUGUAUUUUUGUUGUUUCAGGUAAAAAAUAAAGUACUGCCCACUUGCAGUGAAAUUACUUGAUGAACUUAAAACUUCUUGACAAUCCUUUCUGUGGCUUUAGUUUUUUGUUUCUUUUGACAAGACUACACUUUGCUUGAAAAAGAAACCAAAGUUUUGGUCCUGUAAAUUUAUUGUAAGCAAGCUCAAUUUGAAAGGAAACUGUCUCAAUGGUUUAUCGCCUUUCUUUUUUUAAUCUUCAAAUCAGGUCGUCAUUUACAUAAAUUUACAUGAUUUUGUCACGUGUGGUAUGUUUCUUUUAUUUGUAGCUUUAUGCGUAGGGUUGGCUUUAUCUUCUAUACUUGUUUUCGUACAGCUAUGUACAAAGAGGUAAUAUGUGCUACAUAGGCAUAAAAUUCUUUCUAAGACUAAGCAAAAGAAGCAGGUUUGUGUUGGUCUGUGUCUUUGGCAUUUGUUUGUUUGACAAACCCCCCAUGUUGCAUGUUGAUGGAUAGCUAGAGGACCUCACUGGAAAUACUAAAAUUGAUAAUCAUUUAGAUAAUUUCUAGAGUCCCCAUGUCUGUACUAUACGCUUUAGUUCCUUUACAAUACCUUCAUCUUCACACAAGAUACAUGUGAAUGAACAUGGAUACAUAAAUACGCUCUUAAGAGUAAAGCUCUCUAAAUUAACACAAUCGAUGAUGAUAUAUUAUGAACAUAAGAGUUCUGUACUCGAGGACUUAACUAUCAAGAGGGCAUUUCAUAAGAUUCAUUUUAAAUUUACCUCCGAUAGUGUAUUCGUCAGUAUUGUGGGAAAGAGUUUCAGAGAGAUGGAGCUUACUAGAAGAGAAACGACCUCCCGUCGAGGUUUUUUUAAAAACUUCCAUUCACUGGUGUUCUAAGCAUUUCUUUCCUGGCCAGUUGUUUAUGUACCUCAUCUUGUGCUCCUCUUUAUGGCUGUAUUUUCACAAACUGAUAAUAUUUGUUGUGGUCCUGUUUUUUUCUGUCGUUAUGUCUUUUACACCAUCAUGUCAAGUCAGAGGAAUGCAGCUUUUGUUUUCGUGUUGUUCACAGUGAGUGAGUGUUUAUGAUCAGGACGUAUAUUUACCUUCAAUGCAACGGAAAUGUUUUCUUGAACCGUCAUCAGAAACGAACAGCUCGUCUGUUUAUUGACUCCUUCUGCAUGAAGUGCCUUGUUUCUUUCACCGCUUCUAGGCAGGUUCGAAUUUCCUGUUGCCACUGGGCCACCAACGUGUUUUGACUUUACCUGAGGGCAUUUGUCUUCAGAGGGUGGAGGAGUAAAGCUAUUUAUGGCUUCACAUGUGUUUGAGAAGCAUGAGAAAGUUGACAUACUGGCGUCCAUAGUGUAGUGUUUAGGCACUUCACCAUUGCACACAAAAGUCCUGAGUUCGAUUCUGGAGUGGGAAGAAUUUAUUUUGACUACCUCGGUCUUUCUGAUGUGGUGUUGUUUCCCUCUCAGCCUGGGUUGCCCUGAAAUGCAGAGUAGAUCCCCACCUCCUAAAUGAUCUCAACCCCUUGACUCCUACAUCUUGAUUACUAUUAUCCCCCAUCCAGGAAGGCUGUCAUUGAAGCUCCUUUGUCAAUGGAAACUCAUUAUUGACCUCCUUGAUAUCUCCGCUGCUGCCUAAUUUUGAAUAAGCCAGCAAUCAUCGGUUAAAAAAUGUGACCUACUACAUCUUGUUCUCUCAGUUAGCAGUCAAAGUUGUGUCAAUGGGGGCGUCUAAAAUGCCUACAUUUAAAUAUAGAUUUAAGAGCUGACAUGUAGUUACAGCGCUGUUCGAAUGGGAAGAUGUUUGUUAAGUUGUGCAAGUGUUGUCUUCUACCCUUUCUUUUUCUCUCUUCCACCCCCUCCCUAUUUUUUCCCCUCUCUUAGUCAUGAAAUAUCUGUGAUACACUGUUUGUACAGUUGUGGCCUCAUAUUCAUAAUAAUGAUAAUAAUAAUAAUCAUUAUUAUAAUAUUUCUUAUUUGUAUAGCUCCUACUCACAUGUACAUCCAGUUCUAGACGCUUACCCCAAAUUCAAGUACAAUUCAUAUAUAAUGCAUGAUGUUGUAGUCGUUUGUUCUUAUGGAUAUAUGCCACCUCUGAGUUUCUUUGUGGCUGAUUUUGGUUGUGAGCACUCAUGUGUACUCUUGUUCUUUACAAUGUUGAGUGUGUAUGGAUCUCUCUCACAUUCUCAAUUAAAAACUACAAAAAGAGAUCAAAGCAUAGUCUUUUUUUUCAAAUUCCUACUGCUCAACACAAUGAUGACAUUGAAAGAUGAAACUUGUUUAAAAUAACCUCUAAAUGAAUAUUUCAGCAGUUCAUGAUGUAGAUGUAAAACACAAAAAUGUUUUUAAAAUACUACACAUGAAAGUAACAGUAGUCUCUGGGGUCUUAAUUUUCAGAAAGGAGGAAAAUGUGACAUCACCAGUUUUUUCCCCUGCAGUCUUCAAUUGUCACUAAAAGUUUGACAAGUUUUUGCCUGUGGUAAAUAGUUGUCAAAACGUGGCGUGAUUGAGUCCUGAUUGUUCAGUAUAUUAUGCCAGGCAGCUAGAUAAAGGGACUUUGUUAUUCAAUUUUUCUUUAAUUAUACUUCUUGCUGCUACUAUAUAUAUGAAAGUAAGAUACUAGUUUAUGUAUGAGAUGCAGAUGGGCAUAUGGAUGGUGCUCUUAUGGAACCUCGCUAACUCAAAUAUGUGUAUAAUUUUAAAAAAUUUUUUUGCAACAAGUGAUUCCUGAUACCUCAAUACACAAUGUGUAUAAGUAAAUAUUGAAUCCAGAUUCAAAUUAAGAAUGCUCAAAAACAUACUUUAAAUUCUGCAUGCACCUGGCUAUCCACCACAACAAAAUAAGUGAUCCGUUGAACCUCCCUAAUGCUAUAUAAUGAGUUUUCAUCAGACAGAGCGCUGGUCGAUCGCCAUGGGUCAGUGAACUUCACUAAAGAAUUGAGGGACAAAGAAGUUUUCACACACGCGAAACAUAAUAGCUCACUAGCUGGCCAUCAGGACAUCAAGGAACAACCCAGAGCCUGUUAAACAUGUGCAUGUAAAGACAACCCAAAGAUAGAGAGGUUAGAAUGGAGCAACCAAAAGCUAAGUGUGCUCUGUUCUAACAUCGCUAACACAUUAGUGAGGUUCAGUGGAGCAGCGCUUGAGACGGAGAGCCCCGCUUAACAAAGGAUGUUUUGUCGCUAACUCAGAUUGCUCAGUAAUGUGUUCUAGUAAAUCUCACUUCUUUCUUUAUAGAAUUUUGUCUAUGGCCCUUGACAAUACAUUGACAGAAUUUGAUUUCGCAAGUAUUAACAUUAAUAAUGUCAGAGAGUCUUUUGUCUCUCUUGUAAAACUUUAAAAUUCGAGUUAAUAAAGUUCUAACAGAGCGCUAUGUCUAUAAUUUUAGUCAGCUGCAGAGAAUAUGCUGCUGAUUUUAUCAUGUGUAUUUGAUGGUACUGAUUUUGCAAACGUCUUCAAAUAGUAUUGAAAAUGCUCGUGUCCAUAGAUUUGUUGAUUUAAUUUUAUGCUAGUUUUAGUAUGUGUUGAUGAAAUGAGAAGUUUUUAUGAGCCUUUUGCCUUCCAACAUUGGCCUUUUGAGUAGGGAAAUGUUCAUACUUGUUCAAUCAAAACUGUGUUUGGAAUAAAGGAAUCAUAAAUCAGAA